AUGACCAAGUUCCGUCUUCACUACUUCAACGCCCGCGGGUAUGCCGAGGUUACCAGAGAUAUGUUCCACAUGGCCGGCGUCGAGUUCGAAGACGUCCGUUACGAACUCGAAGACUGGAUUAAGGAGGGUUCAACCACCAAGGAUAAGAUGCCGUUCGGCCAAAUGCCUGUCCUUGAAGUCGACGGAGAACUGAUCCCUCAAUCCACAACCAUCGCUCGUUUCGUGGCCAAUCAUCUGGGAUUCGCCGGACAAACCGCAAUGGAGAAGGCGUGGGCAGAUGCAUUUGCCGAUCUAUACAAGGAUUUCUUGAUUGACAUGAAGCCAUGGGGAAUGAUUGCAUUCGGGUAUCCUGGAGCCGCUGGGGAUCGGGAUGAGUUGAAGAAGACGGUUUUGGAUCCAGCAAGAGAGAAGUACUUCAAGCUGUUGACCAAUAGAAUCGAGAAGAGCAAGUCUGGCUUCCUCUUGGACUCGGGCAUUUGCUACACCGAUUUGAUGUUCUUUGAAACCACGACCUCUCUCAUUGGAUUGGAGUCCGGAUUCCUAGGAACCGAUUUCCCAGUGGUCACCGCCUAUUUCAAGAGAAUCGGAGAGCAUCCAAAAUUCAAGCCGUAUUUGGAGACUCGUCCAGUCCAGCCGAAGUAA